CCGAGCCCCGCACGGCAGUCCCUUAUCGCUUGCAAUAUGUGGUUCUCGAUAUUGGAAGACAGGUGGCUGAGUGGACGACGCAUUGGUCUAACUGCAAGCUCCGGACAAGCGUACCAGGAAGUAGUGGCAUGGACUAAGUCGUCAGCGCAAUAAAUUGCAGCACUGCCGCAAGUGAGAACCGACUCUUGGAAGUGUCCGGAAAAGCAACGCUGCAUAUUGGAUUUCCACUAACCACCAUUUACAAUGGCUUGGCCAAACAAAAACCGAGACAUGAUUUAUCGCCGAGUUGGCAACUCGGGCCUCCAUGUAUCUGCGAUCGGAUUGGGAGGCUGGUUGACCUUCGGGGGCCACGUUGAUGAUGAGAUUACGUUCAAUUGCAUGAAACAAGCCUACGACAGCGGUGUUAAUUUUUUCGAUACAGCGGAAAGCUAUGCCAACGGCCAGUCGGAGAUCGUUAUGGGAAAAGCGAUUAAGAAGUUCGGAUGGCAGAGGAGCGAUUUAGUGAUUAGUACCAAGCUGAAUUGGGGCUUAGGGAACGGCGAGAUACUGAUCAAUAACCACGGUCUAUCGCGCAAACAUAUAGUCGAGGGCACACGUGCUUCGCUCCGACGACUACAACUCGACUAUGUCGAUAUUAUAUACGCCCAUCGCCCCGAUCGCCUAACCCCAAUGGAGGAAACCGUGCGUGCGUUCAACUUUGUGAUUGACAAAGGCUGGGCCUUCUAUUGGGGAACGUCGGAGUGGUCUGCAGAUGAAAUUAGUGAAGCCUGCGGCAUCGCAAAGGCCUUGGGUCUGGUGGGCCCCAUCGUUGAACAGCCUCUGUAUAACAUGCUAGACCGGAAGAAGGUUGAGGGAGAAUUCCAACGGUUAUACUCCCGGUGCGGAAUUGGCCUGACCACGUUCUCCCCUCUGAAGAUGGGUCUGCUGAGCGGCAAGUAUAACGACGCGACCACCCAGCCACCGCCUGGCUCGCGGUUCGCAGAGAGUCAAGAUAAAUAUGCGAAUAAAGUUAGGAGUGACUGGGAGAACAAGGAAUGGUCGGCAACUAUUCAGAAGAUUGUGAAGCUGAAGGAGUUGGCCGAUGGACUAGGCUUCAAGUUGUCUCAACUCGCCCUCGCGUGGUGUCUGAAAAAUGAAAAUGUUUCUUCCGUCAUUACCGGCGCCUCGAAGCCAGAACAGAUUGUGGAUAACGUACAAAGCUUGAAGCUGCUUCCGCAGCUUACUCCGGAUAUCCUAGCAGAGAUUGAUGAGCUGCUCCUGAACCGACCUUCGCAGGAUCCGGCACGCCAGGAUUGAGGAGCCUGGCUUUCAGCCAUGGACGACUACCAUAUCCGAGAAUCAGC